AUGACCACAGCUACCUGUCCAGAUCUGCCCCCACCGCUCUAUCUUCCCAUAACUUACCACCAGGUUGGAGUCGGGUCAGUCGCACCAGCAUGGGGUGUCAGGUUUGAACUUGGCGACCCAGCUCAGGUGGUUUCUCUGAUGCCUCGCAUGUCGGAUCUAACUCUCGUUGCCAAUGUUGAUGAUUGUGCUUCUUCGACUGAUUACGACUGCCUGGCUUAUGUAGGAGGCACCUACGACCCGACCUUUUCAAGAACCGAGGCUACGCAGACCGAGGCAGACUGGAAUGGAACCUUGCAGGGGGCGGACUCGUCGGAUUUUAUUUUAUACAAUGAUAUCCUCACAGUUGGCUCGAACGGCACAACUGUCCCGGGCUUUCCAUUCGCAACCGACAACGAAGAAAAUUGGGCCUACAACAUUUCAGGCGGCUCACUGGGCCUCGGCCUGAACUCGACCUUCCUGCAAGCCGUGGUCAGAAGUGGUGCUGCACCAUCCACAUCCUACGGCAUGUGGGUUGGGACGCGUCUAAACGACGAGGACCCCAGGGGCGGCCUGCUCAUGGUCGGUGGCUAUGAUGCCGCCCGCGCCAACGAAUUCCACACCUUUGACAGCCGAGACACAUGCACUACGUGCAUCAUUCUGCAAGAGCUGACCUGGGAGUCUGAAGCUGGGUCAAUUUCUCUGCUGGACGAGGAGACCACCGAAUUUCAAGUCUCCCUUGAACCGUCGUGGGAGUCACUUCGUGUCCCACCGUCGGUCUUCGACGCAUUCGGGAACGCCACGGGCGGCGACUACGAUACAGGCCGCCACCUUUGGACAUAUCCAGCAUCUUCCCUCCCUUCCGGCAGUCUCCGCUUCACCAUCAAGAAUGGCUAUAGUUCCUCGAUUCCAGCAGAGGAACUCUUCUUCUACCCCCGUCAAUACGACACUGACGGGAGCUUGGUCGUCGCCAACGAGACUUACAAAAUUGGAUUCGUUGAGAAAUACGAGAACAAUGACGACAGCGGCAAGUACCUAGCCCAGUGGGGCACCCCGUUCCUGACCAUGAACUAUCUCAUUGUCGAUGUCGAGCAAAAACAGUUUCGUCUCUCGGAAGCAACCCGUCAAGACUGGGGCAACGCAGGCGGCGUCUUUCCCAAGACAUUAUGUCCCAUCACGACAGAUACCCCGGACAACUCGGGCUCGGACUCGGGCACGGGCACGGGCACAGGCACAGGCACAGGCACAACAACCACCGAAGAUCCCGAUCCAGAGCCCAAGAUCAACGUCGGCGCCCUCGUUGGUGAAAUCGUCGGCUCAGUCGGGGGUGUAGCUAUAAUUGCUCUUGCAAUUUUCUUCUGCUGGCGCCGCCGUCGCCGCAACAGGAGACGCCGUGAACAAGCUUCUGACAACAACCCAGUCGAGACCCACCCCCAGACAUAUCAGCCUGUCGCUCCGAUGGGCCAACAGCACUCCUCCCCAACAUGGACGUACGGUUAUCCCCACCAACCACCUCACGGCAGCUAUACAGACCAACCGCCCCCUCCGGGAGCGUACCCCGUCAUGAGGCAGCACGAAUACCCUAAAUUCGACCAGACGGUCUACCAGCCCUACACGCCACCUCGACCGCCUCAAGAAUUGCCAUCCCCCGAACCUACCCCUGCCGAGUGGAGAGACAGCGAGGUCAGCGGUGAUACGAGUGCCGCGGUAAGUGACCCCAGUCUCGCACAAGACUGA